AUGCGCUUCUCCUUCCUAUACUUCGUACUGGCUGUUCCUGCCAUGGGCAUACUCGUUCCGCCGAACCACGAGAAUCUUUCUCCCGACAUUACAGAGAACCAGGGGGGCAACACGUCCGAUGGCAAGACAACCUGCCCAAGGGGAACGAACACCUAUUGCUGCGAUAGUCUUGAUUACUCCGGCUUCCAAGUCGAAUGUAUUGGUAGGAACGAGCUCAUCUUUCAGUCUCGAACAGAGACCUCUGAACUGACGAUAAUCGAUUUUCCAGGGCCAGGGAAGGUCGAUUAUCUCGAGGAAUGUUUAGACUAUGAAUCUCGGCCGAUGUGUUGUUGCGUGUAUGAGCUGAUACCCGACAUGCCGCAGAUCCCAAGGGAGAUCAGCUGCGAUGCGGACUGCCAUGCGCUGAAGGAGCCGAAGGCCAACGACAAGGUCACUGGGGACUUGUAA